AUGACCUCGCGGCGUCCUUACCCUGACGACUCAAUCGAGAUGGACUACUCCACGCCGGGGCGAGUCGUCAACGAGAAAACUGGUACCCCAGGUACCGUUCAUGACGCCGACGUCAUGCGCCUUUCCCAGAAGUUGGGCGGCAGAGACCAUGACAUGGCACCAAUGGACGACAUUGAGUACGUUAAAGACAAGAUUGACUCCUUGACCAUCGAGGAGUGCAAAGACAUUAUCGAAAAACUACUUAAGCACCAUGAGUACGACUAUAAUUUCUCUGCCAUUCAACAGGAGAAGCUCACGGCCUUGAUUGAAGGGCCUCUUGAGGGGCAGAGCACUAAAGAAUGGGAGUUGGAACUCAAGACCCAGGCGGCUGUGAAUAAGUUCUACUCACCGUACCCUGAGGUGCGCGCCGUUUCUACCCCUACGGACGACGUCAAUACUCCCUGCGAGACUAUCCGCGCCCACCUUCUCGGCUACACAUGGGCCAUUCUCGCACAAUUCACCAAUUCAUUGUUUAAUUCGCGCUUUCCUGCCAUCACCAUAUCAUCUGCCGUUGCGCAAAUCCUGCUCUAUCCAUGCGGAAAAUUUCUUGCAUUGGUUCUGCCCGACUGGGGCUUCACCGUCGGCGGCAAAAGAAUUUCGCUUAAUCCCGGCCAAUGGACGUACAAAGAACAGGUGCUUUCCACCGUCAUCGUUGAUGUUGGUCUUACGUCUGCCUAUUGCUUCUGGAACAUCCAGACCCAGACCGUCUACUACAAGGACAAAUGGCUUACCCCUGGCUACGGUAUUCUGCUCCUGCUGUCUACCCAGCUUAUGGGCCUUGGGUUUUCCGGUCUGCUCCGCCGCUUUGUUGUCUACCCAGUAGAAGCCUUAUGGCCCAACAUUCUGCCGACCUUGGCACUAAACAGAGCGCUAUUGGUGCCCGAAAAGAGAGAAACAGUGCACGGCUGGAGCCUGUCACGGUAUAACUUCUUCUUCAUCGUUUUUAGCUGCAUGUUCGUCUACUUCUGGCUUCCCGACUUUAUUUUCCCCGCCCUUAGCUUAUUCGCCUGGAUGACGUGGAUCUCACCUAACAACUUCAAGCUGAACGUCAUCACGGGUUCCCAGAUGGGCCUUGGAUUCAAUCCCAUUUCGACUUUCGACUGGAAUGUGCUCUCCUCGUAUUCGUAUCCUCUCGCGUAUCCCUUUUUCGCCUUCACGCAACAGUUUAUAGGCACCAUCCUGGCUGCCUAUCUCCCUCCCAACUCGUCUAGCAUCUUCGAUAAUACCGGCAAGCCAUACAAUAUUACGAGGGUCGUCAAUCCUGAUAAUGCAAUCCUUGAUGAGGAUGCCUACGAGGCUUACUCUCCCGCUUUCUAUAGUGCUGGAAACCUGGUACUUUAUGGUGCCUACUUUGCCUUCUACCCGCUCACGAUGGUAUUCAUCACCCUUGAUGCUUGGCGGCCACUUAAGCUGUUUGUCGGCCUAAAAGGUGCAAUCUCGUCACUUUUUAGGGGUGACACCUCAAUCUAUGACGGGUUCGAUGACCCGUUCACAAAGCUGAUGCGCAAUUAUCCCGAAGUUCCGGACUGGUGGUUUCUGAUGAUCGCCCUCGUUGCCAUCAUCUUCGCGGUCAUCAUCGUAUGUCACUGGCCUCAGCUCGAUACACCUGUCUGGACAAUAUUUUUCGUGAUUGGCCUCAACUUAGUGUUUCUUAUUCCCAUGUCGUACCUCUACGCAAUCUCAGGCACAACUGAAGGUUUGAACGUCGUCACGGAACUCAUUGUUGGUUAUGCUUUGCCUGGACACCCCGAAGCACUCAUGUUUGUCAAGGCUUUCGGGUACAACAUCAACGGCCAAGCAGACAAUUAUAUUUCGGACCAGAAGAUGGGCUUCUACGCCAAGGUGCCUCCUCGCGCCAUGUACCGUGGUCAAGUACUGAGUGCUAUCAUUACGGCCCUUGUUGCCUACGGGGUCGUGCAAUUCGCCGACAACCAUAUACCUGGCAUUUGUACUCCAGACCAGCGCUCCAAGUUCAGCUGCGCAAACGGCUCACAAGUGUACUUCUCGUCGUCUGUCGUUUGGGGCGCUAUCGGUCCAAAGAGAAUAUUCGACCAGAUCUAUCCGUCCAUUAAGUAUUGUUUCCUGCUGGGUUUCCUCCUCUCCCUCGUGUGGUGGACUACCAAACGUUUCGGGCCACACGUCCGCCAGACGUGCAGAGCUCACGUCCACCCUUCGCUCGUAAUCAACGGAAUGCUGCAAUGGGCACCCGUAAACCUCACUUACUUCACCGGCGGUUUCUACUUCUCCUUCGCCUUCAUGUACUACCUGAAGAGAUACAAGACCGCGUGGUGGGAGAAGUACAACUAUGUUCUCUCGGCCGCACUCACCGGUGGUGUCGCGUUCUCAGGCAUCAUCAUCUUCUUCGCCGUGCAAUAUAACCCUAAAAAGAUCAACUGGUGGGGUAACGAUGUGCUCUCGAAUGUCACGACCCUGGGCGCCAGCGUAGAGCCGCCAGCGCAGCACCUCACCAGUGUCACGUGCCCAAGCAGCAUCACGUGCCCACGCGCGACCUCGUGUCUAUAUAAGGGCCCGCUCGGUCGUGUAGUCUAG